UCAACCUUGAGGGUGUCGUUCCGUUGCUAUUUUGGGCCCGGGCCUCGCUCAGUCGGGCCAUGCCACAGAGACCCGAUACAUGGAAGGGCCGGGUGAGCCCAGUCCAGGAACUCUACAGUGCACUGUUCCACAACGUCUGGGCUGUCAAGCCCAGGUGGCUACAGUAUGUACUGCGCGCGCAGUUAGCGCAGGUACACCUUUCCGCACGCGAUUACGUGCCGCAUUUGUAUAUGUUACAUAGGUUUGUCGCAAGCGGAACCUCCGUAGGCAACAGGGGCACUUUACGCCGCGGCCACCACUUUUGGCUUGUUCAGCCUCAUAGCCUUUUAUCACAACCUCAAGGCCUCUUCAGCCGAGACUAUCACAUUCUGUAACUGGACUCGUUGAAGUCCUUGCACGGCAGCGGGCCAGGUUGUCGUCAUCAUGGGCGCCGACUUUUCCGCGAUCAAGACAUUAAUUGUCCCUGCGAUCAUAGCCCUGAUUCUCUACCUCGUAUUAACCUUCGCCGUCAUUCCCAUCUGGCAACGAUACCGAAACCGCUACAGCCAAUAUCUUCCGCUCGAGACGAUAACCGAUGGAGCAUCAUCCCUGCGUGCACGCCUCACCGAUCGCAUUACUACAUGGUUUAUAACUUCGGCGUGGAGGGCCAGACUGCAAGAUCGCAUCGAUGUGGCUGAUAACCGCCCAAGUACUGACUUUGAUUCGGAUGACGGGGAGGAGCUGAACGAAGUGGAUGAAGCUCUCAGGAGGGCUCUGGAGCGCCGUGAACAGCCUACAAUUGACGAUAGCAAUAGGAGGCUAAGUAGAGAUCUGGAACAGGGCUUUCGAGACGAUAGCGACGAGGAGAUAGAUGAUCGCACGGGGAGGUAACAUGUUAGCUUGGCUAAGGGUCUUUACGGCAAUGAGCACAAUUUCGAGUCCAAAGACAACCGACAAAGAAGGUACAUGCAAGAUCAUAUUGGAGUAAUGGCAUAACCAAAACAUUGAAGUUACGGGGUUCGACUGGGUUUUCUUGGACAUGGUAUGUUAGUAGGGGAAGCACGGCAGAGUACAUGGUCAUGGGAACACUCCCUCGACUUGAGCAGGACCGAGUGAUACCAUGAGGCGCUACUUUCGAAAUUUGUGAUCGUUGUAUUUCUAUUUGCUACCGAUGCAUAAAACCUUUAUUGCCAUACUUUGGUGUAGCCCUUUGACUGACUCAAUUCUUUUCAAC